ACGCGCGUGCAUUUGAAAGCAAGGAGCGUUCCAGGCUCAGCGACUGUUGUUGAGUGUUGGCCCGUUGGGCGCUGAGGCGGGGGUGGGGUCGCACAAGGGGCCACUGGAGACCAGACUUCAAGACUGCCUUGGCCUGGACCGCUCGUCAUUCCGGUCUUUACCUACCUGGUGUGCGACUGCGCCGGGCCGGUCGGGACCUGUAGUGAUUACUGCAAUGGAAGGAAUCAAUAAUUUCAAGACACCAAACAAAUUAUCUGAAAAAAAGAAAUCUGCAUUAUGUUCAACUCCAUGUUUGAAUAUUCCUGCCUCUCCAUUUAUGCAGAAGCUUGGCUUUGGCACAGGGGUAAAUGUCUACCUUAUGAAAAGAUCUCCAAGAGGCUUGUCUCAUUCUCCUUGGGCUGUGAAAAAGAUUAAUUCUAAAUGUAAUGGUCAUUAUCAAAGUAUGUAUCAAAAGAGACUGACUGAUGAAGCUAAGAUUUUGAAAAGCCUUCACCAUCCAAAUAUUGUGGGUUAUCGUGCUUUCACUGAAGCCAGUGAUGGUAGUCUAUGUCUUGCUAUGGAAUAUGGGGGUGAAAAGUCCCUAAACGACUUAAUAGAAGAACGAAAUAAAGACAGCCAAGGUCCUUUUCCAGCAGCCAUAAUUGUAAAAGUUGCUUUAAACAUGGCAAGAGGGUUAAAGUAUCUCCACCAAGAAAAGAAACUGCUUCAUGGAGACAUAAAGUCUUCAAAUGUUGUAAUUAAAGGUAAUUUUGAAACAAUUAAAAUCUGUGAUGUUGGAGUAUCUCUACCAUUGGAUGAAAAUAUGACUGUUACCGACCCUGAGGCCUGUUAUAUUGGCACUGAGCCUUGGAAACCCAAGGAAGCUUUGGAGGAGAAUGGUAUUAUUACUGACAAGGCAGACAUAUUUGCUUUUGGCCUUACUCUGUGGGAAAUGAUGACUUUAUGUAUUCCACACAUUAAUCUUUCAGAUGAUGAUGAUGAUGAUGAUGAUGAUGAAGAUAAAACUUUUGAUGAAAGUGACUUUGAUGAUGAGGCAUACUAUGCAGCUUUGGGAACUAGGCCACCUAUUAAUAUGGAAGAACUGGAUGAAACAUACCAGAAAGUAAUCGAACUCUUCUCUGUAUGCACUAAUGAAAAUCCUAAAGAUCGUCCUUCUGCUGCACACAUUGUUGAAGCUUUGGAAAUAGAAGUCCAGUGAUCGCCUCACAUUUGUGACUAUCUGAGCUUCGAGUAUGGUUCAUGUAUAUAACUUCUGUUUACUGUAAUACAUUUAGAUAACUAUGAUAAUCCAUAAUUAGACUUUUUGAAAGUGGCCUAUUUUAGGACUGUAGCACCUUGUUAAUAUUUGUACACCUAUUUCUAUUAUAAAAGUAUUUCAUGUAUACUAAUAAUCAGCAUUUGAGUUCAUAGAGGGUUUUUUAUAAAGUUUAAGAAACUGUUUUAAGAAACAUAUUUAAGUUUGUUCAUACAGAUUUAAAACACUAGGAAUUGAAUGCUGUAAACUUUUUGUCUAACAUUAAUUUGGUUAGUUACUAUUAAUGAUUUUUCUCAAAUAUUUUCACAUAUUCUCUGUUUAAUAGAUCUAUUGAAAUUAGUACUUUGCACAGUACAAAAUAUGUCUACAUUUGCUUAUCUCUUAAAACAUUUAACUUUCUGCUUUCUUUUCUUAGCUGGUGUGCUUAUUAAAUACGGUCACUGGAAGCUGAGAGAAUGUGGCUCAAAAGAGUAGUUUUUUGAGUAUUUCCAACAUUUUUGCUUAGGGCUUAUCUUGCUCUCUCUGCUCUUCCCACAUCUUUGGUUUUUACUUUCAUUUAUUAAGUGUAUUUUCUGUACCGAGAUCUAUUAUUUUUUAUUAAUCUAUAUCUUAAGCAUUUAACAUUUAUGGUGUAGAAAUAAAACUCCAAUAAGAUAAUAUAGAAUAAAGGACACUUUAGUUACCAGAAGGUGUUUUAUCUUAUUUUAUACUCCAUUGUUUUGAGUGUUGUCAUUAAACUUGAGUGAAUGUGAGUAGGUUUUUUUCUCUUGGCCUUACUUUGUUAAUCUGUAAAAUGAGGGUGAUCUGGAUAAGUAGUUUCUAUCUGUGAACCACAGCCACCUUGGAAUUUCAGUUAUUGAAUUAUGCUUGUGAAUCUAGGUAAUAUGACUGUAAAAAGAACUUAAAAUAUUACUGUCAAAUAGGGGAUCUUAGAAAGGUUAGGAACAACUAUGCUCUGAGCUUUAAACAACAUUAGAAUUCACUGGAGGACUCCUUUUGUAUAAGAUUGUAUGAAGCAAUGGUACACAGAUAAUGAGCAUUACUUAUCAAAAUGUUAUUAAAGUGACAAGAAAGUAAA